AUGUCAUUCCCAAAACCGAAUUUACCUUCAAUUCAAUCCUUGCUAAAUCAAGACACUCAUAUCAAGUCAGUCAAUGUACAUAAAACAAGCAACUUGCCUUCUGAAUUACAACAACUUUCACUGUCUGCUCCUGCCACUCGGAUAGAAAAAAGCGAAAAUCAUCAGCCUAGUUGGAUGUUCAUGCCUCCUAAUAGGAAAUUGCCUAGCCAUACAAGGUCUUGUUCUGAUUUUACAUUUUCAUUACUACCUCCACCUACAACAACAACAACAACAACAACAAAACCUAGAUACCAGGCACAUAGACGUACUGUGUCCGCCACCACCACCUCCACCACAGCCAUGAUACAGCACAACCAUUCUCUUCCCCAUAUUUCAGAGUAUACAAGAGCCCGCACCGAUAGCCCGCCUCAUCAUGAUGAUUCUAACCAAGCAUUGUUUGAUGCUCUUCAAAUCACUAGCCAUUCAAAUCCUACUGUCUUUCUAACUCAAGUUGACAGUCUGGUAGAUCAAGAAACAAUAAAAGAUAAACUUGGACUAAAAGAAACAAUUGAAUACGAGAAUCUGAUGGUAGCAAGAGACGAACAAACUGGAAAAUAUUAUUGUCCGUUUUGCAAUAAGCCUUUCAAUCGACCUUCUUCACUUCGAAUUCAUACGUAUUCUCAUACAGGCGAAAAGCCCUUUGUCUGCCAAGAAAAGGGUUGUGGACGUCAAUUCAGUGUACAGAGUAAUAUGCGAAGACAUUUAAGAGUUCAUAGACGAGGAAAAUCCAAGAAACAUGCCUCAAGAUAA